GGCGGCAGUGGCGCGGGGCUCUCUUCCUCGUGCUCAGCGUUGUGGCCCGGCUGCAGCCGCCGCCUGCUGCUGUCGCCACCGCCUGCUGCUGUCGCCACCGCAGCCACCACCGCGGUUGUCCCUGCCUGGCUCAUCCCAGAGGUGCGCUUGCAAGGUUCCUGCUUGUGUCCCUGGAGCAUGGGAGGCUGCUGAGCUGGAGCGGAGGUAUACAGCAGGAGCUGUGUGUUUCACUUGGUGGCAGGGAGGGCGUCCAUGGCUGCAGCCAACAAGGGUUGGCUGAGGUCAUCACAGGGAGUAGACUGGGGCCUCAUGUACUGACAGACCUGCGAGAGAAGAUGCCAGGGUUGGGGAGCUUGGCACUGUGAAGGAGAGUAUGGGGCCAGGUGUGCCGAGACCUGGGCCAAGCCCUACAAUGCUGUGUCUUCCUGUCUCUGGUGCCAGCCUUCUCCCUUCCAAGCAAUAAGCCCAGAGUCCGGAGUAUCCGCUUUGCAGCAGGCCAUGAUGCCGAAGGCUCCCAGAGCCAUGUCCACUUUGAUGAGAAGCUACAUGACUCAGUGGUCAUGGUCACCCAGGAGGGUGACAGCAGCUUUCUGGUCAAGGUUGGCUUCCUGAAGAUCCUGCACAGGUAUGAGAUUACCUUCACUCUGCCCCCAGUGCGCAGGCUGAGCAAGGACAUCCGGGAGGCACCUGUUCCCAGCCUUCACCUCAAGCUCCUCAGCGUCAUGCCCAUCCCUGAAGGUUACAGCAUCAAGUGCGAGUACUCUGCACACAAGGAGGGCGUCCUCAAAGAGGAGAUGCUCCUAGCCUGCGAGGGUGGCACUGGUGCCUGUGUGCGGGUGACGGUACAGGCACGUGUCAUGGACCGACACCAUGGCACACCCAUGCUACUGGACGGUGUCAAGUGUGUGGGUGCAGAGCUGGAGUACGACUCUGAGCACAGUGACUGGCAUGGCUUCGACUGAGGCCCGCACCCGGCCGACCUGUCUUGGGGCCCCUCAGCCUUAAACUCCACCUGGUCUCCCAACAUGCUGCGUGAUGAUGUGGCUUCCUCACCCCAUCCCCAGGUGGGCGAAGGGGUGGUGUUGGGGCCUCGCCCGCACCUUUCACCUCUGCCUUCAUUCUGCCACUACCCUGCCUCUCCUGUGUUCGAUUCUCCCACUUCCUCCUCUCCGUGUGCCUCAGUCUCCUGCCAGAAGAAAUGGGUUGAGCCCCCAAGGAGGCUUUCUAAGGAGGGGAAGGGGAGAUUCUGGGGUGGGUUCUACCCACUCUCCAUCCCAAGCCAUGUGGGCUCCAGUCAGGGUCUGGGAGAGGACUGAGUGGCUCUGUGACGCCAACACCCCAUUACUGCUGCUGCUGCCUGGAUGCCUCAGCCACCUCUCCCACCCCUGCCUCUUCCCCACUGCUACCUAUGUGAGUAGGAGGGAGGCGCAGUUCCCAGAUCCUACCCCUCAGGUCUGUGUUACUUGGUUUUUAAAUGACUGGUUGGGUUAGAACCCAUAAGAAAUAAAGACUUAAAUGGA